UCCUCCUCUCCCCUCCUCCUCUCCCGCGCCUCCUCGCCGCCAGCUCUGCUCCUCGCGGCUUCCGCGGACCCGCAGCCAUGGCCGACAUCAAGACGGGCAUCUUCGCCAAGAACGUCCAGAAGCGACUCAACCGCGCGCAGGAGAAGGUCCUUCAGAAGCUUGGGAAAGCUGAUGAGACAAAAGACGAACAGUUUGAAGAAUAUGUCCAGAAUUUCAAACGGCAAGAGGCAGAGGGUACCAGACUUCAGCGAGAACUCCGAGGAUAUUUAGCAGCUAUCAAAGGCAUGCAAGAGGCCUCCAUGAAGCUCACUGAGUCACUGCACGAAGUCUAUGAACCUGACUGGUAUGGGCGUGAAGAUGUGAAAAUGGUUGGCGAGAAAUGUGAUGUACUGUGGGAAGACUUCCAUCAGAAACUAGUGGAUGGGUCCUUGCUGACACUGGACACCUAUCUGGGCCAAUUUCCUGACAUAAAGAAUCGCAUUGCAAAGCGCAGCAGGAAGCUAGUGGAUUAUGACAGUGCCCGUCACCACCUGGAAGCUCUGCAGAGCUCCAAGAGGAAGGAUGAAAGUCGCAUCUCUAAGGCAGAAGAGGAGUUUCAGAAAGCACAGAAAGUGUUCGAAGAGUUUAACGUUGACUUACAAGAAGAGUUGCCGUCAUUAUGGUCAAGACGUGUUGGAUUUUAUGUCAAUACUUUCAAAAAUGUCUCUAGCCUAGAGGCCAAGUUUCAUAAGGAAAUUGCAGUGCUUUGCCACAAACUGUAUGAAGUGAUGACGAAACUUGGCGACCAGCACGCUGACAAGGCCUUCACCAUUCAAGGAGCUCCCAGCGACUCGGGUCCUCUCCGAAUUGCAAAGACACCAUCGCCGCCUGAGGAGCCUUCACCCAUCCCGAGCCCGACAGCCAGUCCCAAUCACACACUGGCCCCUGCGUCUCCCGCACCAGCCCGGCCUCGGUCACCCUCGCAGACAAGGAAAGGGCCUCCUGUCCCACCUCUCCCUAAAGUCACUCCGACAAAGGAACUGCAGCAGGAGAACAUCAUCAAUUUCUUCGAGGACAACUUUGUCCCGGAAAUCAGUGUGACGACACCUUCCCAGAAUGAAGUUCCUGAGGUGAAGAAAGAGGAGACUUUGUUGGAUCUCGACUUUGAUCCUUUCAAACCUGAUGUAGCCUCAGCGGGCUCUGCUGGAGUGACCCACUCACCCAUGUCGCAGACAUUGCCCUGGGACCUAUGGACGACAAGCACUGAUUUGGUACAGCCGGCUUCUGGAGGUUCAUUUAAUGGUUUCACCCAGCCCCAGGACACUUCAUUAUUCACAAUUCAAACAGACCAGAGUAUGAUCUGUAACUUGGCUGAAUCUGAACAGGCUCCACCCACAGAGCCGAAAGCAGAGGAGCUCCCUGCUGCUGUACCAUCUGCUCCUGGACUGGACCUUGGACUGGACACCCGGGCUGAGGAGCCAGUAGAGGGGGCAGCGAUCAUCCCUGGAACCGAUGUCGAUGUGACUGCUGGAACCUUCGUGCCAGCAGCCGAGGGGGCCCCUGUGGAAGAGGUGGAGACAGAUAAGGUGGCUCUUUCUGCUGGAGAAGAAGCAAGUUUGGAGGAGGCCAAGAUUGAUGCCGAGGCCACGGAGGCUGUAGAGAGUGACAUAUCUCAACCGGAAGAAACAGAAGUAGUGGCUGUUCAGGAGAAGGUCAUCCCUUCAGUCGUCAUAGAGCCCGCCUCCAACAACGAAGGGGAGGGAGAACACGAAGUAACCCCGGGCGCAGAGUACAAGGAGAUCACUGAUGACGUGGCUCUUCCCGGCCCCGCCAGUGAGACACCUGAGCUGGCCUCCCAGCCGGCACCUUCGGCUCCCUCUACAGGCCUGGCCUCCCAAGAGGUGCCUCCAGGCUUCCUCUACAAGGUGGAAACACUGCAUGAUUUCGAGGCAGCAAAUUCUGAUGAGCUUACCUUACAAAGGGGUGAUGUGGUGUUGGUUGUGCCCUCAGAUUCGGAAGCUGACCAGGAUGCAGGCUGGCUGGUAGGAGUGAAGGAAUCAGACUGGCUUCAGUACAGAGACCUUGCCACCUACAAGGGCCUCUUUCCAGAGAACUUCACCCGGCGCCUGGAUUAGGGCUGAAAGCAUUGUAGAAAGAGCCUGAUCACUGGGUUUUUAAACCUUUAUGAAAACCUGAAGAGUUCACUUUUGCUAUUACGCUCUUAACGAUUUACAGAGACUGAUGCCAGACAAAGCUGGGAAGGAUAUAUCCGUGGAGCAUGUGUGCAGACAAAUGUAAGAGGGAAAAAAAAAAAA